CCUGUACCGACCACGCGGGGCUCGCGAGCACCUCGCCCCACUCGUCGGUGCUGGCCUCCCGUGUCCUCAGCACGCCGGCGACCGCCUUGAUGGCCAGAGGGAUGCACCCGCACUUGUCGACGAGCCUUUCUCCGACGCCCUUCAGUUGCCUCUCGUCGGCGGCCACGCACGCCGAUGUGCGGAGCAGAAGCCAGCCGUCGUCGGCGCUGAGCCUCUUCACCCGGUGGACGAGGCUGGCGCCCAUCUCGCGGGCGGUGGUGCCGCGCCGCGCCGUGACCAGCACCUUGCCGCCGCUGCCGCCGCGCUCCAGUGGGUUCUGCAGCACGUCCUCCCACACCCCGCCGUACCAGACGUCAUCGACCACGAGCAGGAACCUCUUGUUCGCCACCAGGCAUGUCAGCAUUGCCUGGAGGUCGGCGACGCUCUCGCCGCCCUUGGUGUCGCCGCCAAAGGCGUCGAUGACCUGCGAGAGCAGGCCGGCAUCCGUGUACCCUCUGGAGAGGCGGACCCAUGAAGUCGACCCAAAGCUGCAACGCACCCUCGCGCUCUCGUAUACCAUCCUCGCGAGCUUGGUCUUGCCGACGCCGUCCGGUCCGACGAUGGCGACGACCUCGCAUGCGGCUGGCCUGGCCGUCUGCGUCAGCCGAUCGACGAGCAGGCGGGCGUCGUCCUCGAUCCUUGUGCCGACGAUGCCUGGAUCAGCUGGCUGGUGGCGCCGCAGCAACGUCCGUGUAUGGUCGGUGGGGUCGGCCGCGUACGCCGCGUGGAGCUGCAGCCGGCGCUGCUUCCUCAUGAUGGCCUGCAGGUUCUCGUUCACGCGCUUGAGGUCGGCAGCGAUAUCGCUCUGGGGCUCCGCGUCCUCGCAGCAGGAGGAUAGCAGCCAUGGAAGAGCCUGCACGCCAUGACGAGAGGACAAGCUGGUUCGACAAAAAGGAGAACGAGCCACACAAAAAAUCGUGUUCGGUAGCCUGCUCGCAUGCCGUCGCAGCUAGGCCAGCCCGCCUGUUCGGCCGCUCGUCGGGGAUCAAGAGGAGCCGAGGAGGAUGGGCAUGUGACCGCGUAGGAGCUGCCGUCCGCCGGUAAGAAUUCUUCGACUGCCUAGCGCAAGGACGAUAAAUUUACCUAGAGGUGGAAGAUUCGGUUUUCUAAAUUGAAAGAUUGAGUACAAGUGAUGUUUUAGUAGAGAAAUAGAGUUGCGUUACAUUGGUAUUUUAGAUUAUCCUUGUGCUCGGGUCUUGAUCAUGCCACUUUUCUUAAAUCAUCCGUUCAUGUUUUGUCUCAGAAACCAAGUUUCUCAUUCUUGUAUCAGCUGCCAGAUGUGCUGCUGUUUGUAGGACUGUAGCUGCCAUGCUCUCGUUUUGGUUCCAGGAUGUUGUUCUAGCUAUAAUUGAAUAGCAUUCCAGAUUUUCUUGGUGCAAGUUUUUGGACUGAAAGUCGCACACCAGUGGAUUCAGCUAUUACCCCCCUAAUGGGAAGUGAAGUCAAUGAGAUGAGGGGGCACUGAAUCAAUUUUUCACACCUCAAUUUGAAGAUGAGAAAAAACUGUAUUGUACCAUUCCAUUCGAUGUAUUGAGGAGAUCAAAAUUCUGAAACAAACAGUAUGUAAACGACAUAAACUGAGCAUAAUCUGCUACGAGAGAUGCUACAUCCACGUACGUAUGCUUACGGGUUA